GUCAACAUAAGAUAUAUGAUCUACGUUAUAUUUUGUCUGUGAUUUGGUAAUAGAUGUUCAAGUGUAAUUAAUAAAUACGUAAAUUUUUUUAUUUGGGAUAUAUUAAAAAUUAUGACUUCUGCUAAAGAUGACGAAGAUUUUUGGUACAGUAGCGAGAAACGAUCAUUCUGUUUUGAGAACAAUGAGGUGGAUCAAUUGUUUGGAGUAUCAAAAACUGAUACAGAUAAAUUAUGGGCCGGUAUUUCGAAUACACCAACAUCGGAAGGAUCUUUAAAAACUACUACUGAUUAUCAACCACUUAAGCCUAUUUUAUCUGUUAUCUCAAAAAACACUCUUAUUCUUGCAGUAUGUCAUAGAAACAGAUUUAUACAUUAACAUGAAAAUAUUUUAUAUUUCAUAGUUUUAGCAACAGAUAAAUUGCAGCAAAAUUUUCAUCUAGAAACAGCUGCUAUGCAACCAGAUAUUACUCUCAGAAAAAUUUUACUUGGACAACCAUAUUCUUUGGAACAAUAUAAAUCACUUGCUAGUAAAACUGCUUUAUUAGAUGCAGCAAUAUUAAGUGGCGAUGGAAAUGCAAUUUUAAUAAUUAUUUUAUUUCUUAUAAAAACUCUUAAGAGAACUUUGGUUCAAAGAAUAUUAGCAAAAAGACCAGAUGCUGUGAAUGUUUAUAUAAAAUAUCUUUCCACAAGGCUACAGUUAAAUGAAAUUACAGAUAUUUUGACAAUGUUAGGGCAAUCAGUGGAUGCUGCUAUGAAAACCUUACAUAUUAUCAUAAAAAAUACUCGAGAUCCUGAUAGACUAUUGAACAAACUUCGGAACAGUUAUAAAACCCAAUUUUCAGCUGUACCUGAAUUGAAGGAAACUUUGUUUGUUCAAUCCUACAUAAAGUUACUUGAGUGGCAAAUGACAGUGAAAAAUAUAUAUGAAAAUGAAAACAUUGAACUAAAUUCAGCUAUUCUUGAUUGCCUAAGGCACGCAUGUAAAGGUAACUGGAAUUUGCCAAAGAGUACAUUAAUGUCUCCUACUAUUUUGUCACAACAGCAUGAUGUGUCGCCUAGGCAGUAUCAAAAAGUUGUAUUAGAAGUUAAAGCAUCAGCCAGUGAAUGGGAUGAUGUUGAUCAGUUACUUUUAACAAAGGGAUGGCUAGGGAGUAAAAAGUUACAAAUUCAUCUUCCUAUUGAAGAUGUAGUAAAGAUAUUACAUAAAAAUAAAGCACCCCCUGAGAUUCUUGAGAAAUAUUUAAAAUACGUCGAUAAUAUAGAAAGACGAUUGGAGUUAUCAAAAAAUAUGCAUUGUUUUAGAGUAGCAAUUGACAUACUUGUACAACAAGCAGAUCGUAUUGCAUUGUUGGAAUACAAAACGAAAUUACAACCCCAAUCAGAAGAAUAUUUCUACGCGGAAAGUGCGUUACGAUUGCCAUCAGUUAAAUGGAAAACUUAA